UAAUUAGAUUAUUAAUUAUAAAUGCUUGAUGUGGAUUUUUGUGGAGUUUCGCUCAACCAAUUUUUCAAUUCAUGUUGAAUGCAACAUUGAUAUGGUAUGAUGUUGCGUUGAUAAAAAAAUUUGACGCACAGGAAAAUCGCGUUUUUCUUCGUUCUGCAGUUGAAAAUUGUGUUAACAUUUGGUGAUACAAUCCUACUAUGUAAUUUUAAAACUAUGACGUAAACGUUACCAUCAUCAGACGAUCAAAAUAUUCGGUGAAAAAACAGUUUACAUUGAUGUAAGUUAACUUUGAAUUUUGAUGCGUUUUUCGGUGAAACUACGUUUGAUCACGCGGUGCCUACAGCUAUGAAUUUAAGCGAUUGAUGUAGCUGAACAUCUACACAUAAGUAUUAAUUUACGAUAGUAUUCGCGAUGUUUUCGACGGACACCAAGUACCUGUCAUCGGAACACUUGCAAGGUUUCCAGAAGUACAAGUAUAGCUCGAUAGAUACAAAUCCUUUGGGCCAAUAUGUUAUGCAUCCGUUUUGGAACUGGUUAAUAGAAUAUUUUCCACGUUGGAUAGCUCCGAAUUUGUUAACAUUUGUUGGUUUCUUAUUCAUAGUCAAGUCUUUCUUUUUACUAUGUUACUUCGAUUAUUACUUCUACGCUAGUAGCAACCAGCAUGCUGAAUGGCCCUCGAUACCGAGCUGGGUGUUCGCUCUAAUCGCAGCCAAUAUAUUCAUAUCAUACACGUUGGACGGAAUCGACGGUAAACAAGCUCGUAGAACGCAAACCAGCGGACCAUUGGGCGAGUUAUUCGAUCACGGAUUAGAUUCAUGGACAACCGUAUUCAUUCCUAUAUUUUUAUACUCGAUAUUCGGUCGAUCGGAUUUCAGCUUACCACCUCGACGUUUGUAUUUCGUUUGCUGGAAUGUAUUUUUCAAUUUUUACAUCACACAUGUAGAAAAAUACAAUACCGGUACGCUGUAUUUGCCUUGGAGUUACGAUAUGUCUAUGCUGGCCAGUGUGGCGAUGUUCGGCGUUACUUCGUUGUUGACGCACAAUAUUUGGAAAUCGAUAAUAUUUAAGAAUUACUCGUUAUGUCAGAUACUAGAGUUGGCGUUUUACGUAACCUCGUGCAUAUUUAAUGUACCGGUCGUUGUGUACAAUUUGUACACAGCCAGCGUUACAAAAAAAGGUAAAAAUUUAGGUCUGUGGGAGGGCAGCAGACCGUUGAUACCGUUAAUGUUAUUUUUAGCCUUAUCUGUCCUAUGGUUGGAUUAUUCGCCUACCAAUAUUAUCGAACGUGAUCCGCGAGCCUUUUGUUUGCUGUCCGGUAAUAUAUUCUCCAAUAUAUGUUGUAGAUUAAUUAUAGCCCAAAUGAGUAAUACUAGAUGUGAGAUAUUUAAUUGGAUGUUGUUUCCAUUUAGUAUUAUUAUUCUAGUCAGUAUUCUAGUUCCAUCACUCGAAUUGUUUCUGCUGUAUGUCAUGUUAAUGUUUAGUAUCACUUAUCACAUACACUACGGUACUUGCGUUAUCAAACAAAUGUGUAAUCAUUUCGAUAUUAUGUGUUUUCGUAUACAUUCUAAAUGUUAAAUUUCCAGCUUUCUGUCGAGCGUCUGUCUUGCCACCUUUCUACGCCUGUAUUAUUCUGCUUUACCCAUACAACUCCAAUUCGUUUUUUAACUAUGUAACUGAAAACUGAGCAUUUCUUUCUCUAUUUAAAUAUCACAAAAUUUAGCAAAGGAAGUUCAUCUUGGAACAUGAAACUCCUUCGACGUAUUAGCAAAUAAUGCAUAUUUGCAUACUAUUAAUCACCUAAACGUAUUAUAAAAAAUGAAUAAUUAACCGCUGAACAAAAAUCAUGUAUGAUAUUUUUAAUGACUGGUACCCAUUACAUGAAAGUACCAUUAAACCCAGUAUUAGAUGAUUUUUUUCUUUUUUAAUUCCAACGAACUCCCAAUGUCACUCAUUAUUUUUGUACACCGAACCGUGUUGUUUUUUAACGUGCUUUAUACGUUUCUCUGUAUGGAUACCUAUUUGUAUGAAUGUAUAUUAAAUUUCCUUUCUUUUCUAUCUGUUUUUGUAGUAGUUGUGUUCGUGAUGGUUUCUGUAGGAAAAACAAAAGAAACGUUUAUUUUUUUUCUCCAUUUGCCGUAUAUAAAUGUUUUAUAUUUUUAGCGUGUAUAAUACCUACUAUUUUAAACCUAUGCUGAGACACGCUUGUAUAACGGAUGAAUGUUUUAAUUUAUGAUUAGGUAUUUUUUUAACGUUUUAUACUCGUAAUUGUGUAAAAGGGAAGGUAUUCGCAACCUUUAGUUAUUUUCAUUCGAUCUUUUGAUCUCGAUUAAAUAAAUGUUCACUCGGAAAUUGUCACGGGUACUAAAAUUA